GUUGCCGUGAUGCCGCUGGUGAAGCCACUCUGCCGCGUUUGCGAGCGUCCGACGGCGGACGGCGCUGUCCAGGCUGUCCAAUUGGACAAGGAGAAGCUGCAGACUUGGCUCCUAAAUGUUUGUGGCUAUGAAUUUGCCGACGGAAUCGAGGAUGAAGAUCUGAUCUGCUUUUUCUGCAUCUGGCAUGCUGAGUUUCAUUCUAAAUAUGUCAGCGAGUUCGAAGCUUUGGCUUGGUGGCCGCAAGAUUCGGUUUAUUUGGAUGGCGUGGCGAAGGAGCUGAGGAGGAAGUAUCUAGAAGGAAAAGCAGAGCAGUGCUGGGUACAACUGGAGAAGAUUGAGUUGCCGAAAAGCGAGAAGGAAGAAAAUGCAGAGCCCGAGGAAAAUGCGAACGAUCGAGAGUGUGACUAUCAGAAUUGUGCAACAUAUUUCCACACUGUUGAAGAAAAGAAGAGCCACACCAAAGAGGUGCAUGAAACGUCCAAAGCAAAGAAAUUUAUCAAGUGCAAUUUUUGCGAGAUGAAGUUUCGGUGGUCGAGAGACAUCAGAAAUCAUAUUCGACGUGUUCAUUCUGAAUUUCCGGUACUAUGUGAUUCUCGUGGUUGCCUUUCAUACUUCAAAACUGAAUUCGACAUGAAGGUUCACUUUGAUUCAACACACAAGAAAGAAGACGAGCAAAAAGUCUUUAAGUGUCAGUAUUGCGAGCAUAAAACCUCAAAGAAUAGCCAUUUGACGCGUCAUAUUUCUCGUUUUCAUUUGCCUAAAACGUUCAAGUGUGACAAAUGUGACAAAAUGUUGGCCUCGAAGCAACUUCUUGCCAGGCAUGUGACCCGGAAGAUUUCGGUGCAGGUCUCGAAACGUGCGUACAUCUUCCAAUGA